AGGAGGGAAAGGUUCUUAAACAGCUGUUUAUCAGUCUUCAACUUGGAGUGUCAAAGCGGCCAGAAGGCUGCUUUUCAAAGAUCAGUCAUGAAGGAAGACAUUCCUGCCGGAAUGUUGUUCAGAAUGGCUCUGGUCUUUUUGGCUCUUUCAGGGAUGCUGUGCAGAGCUGAGAAAGACUUGUUAUCAGCUACUUUGCCAAAGUGGGGUGCUACUUCAGAAUAUGUUGCAGAGUGCUACUCGAAUAAUCAUGUGRAUUUAACUUGUGACUGGACCAGAAGCCAAAAAUUGGCUCCAGAGAAUGUUAAUCUGAAUGUCUUGAUGAGCCAUCCACUGCAAUUCUAUGGCGAGGCCUGUUUGGAGUUCUGGUACCUGGCACCAGYUGCAUCUAAUGGUUCUGAGCUUCAUGUUCUGCUGAAAACCAACACUACUUUGCUGGAGCUGUGGACCUCUCCUGCCCUCCCUAGAAAAGCAUGGAGACAAGUGACUGUGUCCCUGAAUAUUAGUGAACCUGGCACUCAGAUUGUGUUUGAAGCUAUCCAACCAGUGUCUGUAGACCUAACAACAAUAAAACAGAUUGGUGUAAAAAGGAGCUCAUGUGAAAAGCAGUGUGACUCAAACAYGGAGUUGUGGACAGAUGACUCAACACGCUGCCUCUGCUCUGCUGGCCUGCUCUACUGCUUCUACUCCCAGUGCCCUCAAAAUCAAAUCUGUGGACCCCAAGGAAAAGAAYCUGUGACUUCUAUUUCUGGGAUUUGCACAAUAUWUGAUCACUCRCACUAYACCACGUUUGAUGGGGUGAAAUUUGACUUUGUGUCAUCCUGCACGUAUGUGCUGGCCAAGACUUGCUCACCCACUGAACUCCUGCCAAGGUUCAAUGUAAAGGUGGUCAACAUGGAGAACAGCAAUGGAUCUCUGCCAACAAUUCAACAGAUCAUUGUGGACCUUAAGGAUAUCGAGGUGUCCUUACUGGAAAGUCAGACAGACUGGGUUGCUGUUAAUGGUGUCUCAAAGCAGCUUCCACUCAUCCUUGAUAAUGGUGCAGUCCAAAUUAAAAGUAAUCCUGCUGCUGUAGUACUGGGGACAAGUUUUGGUCUGUCAGUUUCCCUUGACAGUGCUGGAAAUGUCCAGAUCACAGUUCCAUUUGAUUACUCUGAUAAAAUCUGUGGCUUGUGUGGCAACUUCAAUCUUCUACGUGGAGAUGACUUUCGCAAGCCUKAUGGUAGAAAUGCUGAGAAUCCCUCUGCAUUUGCUGAAAGCUGGCAGACUGAGAAGAAUUCUUCCUGUGACACAAUCCUAGAGUCUCAACAGUGUAGCCCACUGGAAGAGGCCAUUUAUGGUACAGAGUUAUAUUGUGGACUUCUACAUUCUGGCACUGGACCCUUUGCUGAUUGCCUAAUGGCUCUUGAGGCAGAAAGCUACUUUAGAGCUUGUGUCUCUGGYAUGUGCUCUGCAAAUGGUGAUCAAACAGUGCUAUGUGAAGCCAUACAAAGCUAUGCAGAUAUCUGCCAAGAGGCUGGAGUUGCUGUAUCCUCAUGGAGGAAUGCAACAUUCUGUACCCUUGAAUGCAUUGAAAACAGCCAUUAUAAUUCAUGUGCUGUUGACUGUCCUCAAGUGUGCUCUAGUCAAGAUUUAACUAGUCCCUGUGAAAACUGUGUUGAAAGAUGUGAGUGCAAUGCUGGCUUCAAGCUCAGUGGGGGCAGAUGUGUCCCAGCAGACCAAUGUGGAUGCUGGUAYAAUGGGAAACACUAUGAGAAAGGUGAAACACUGGUGAAGGGAAACUGUGAGCAACAGUGCCAAUGCAUGGGUGAUGAUGCCAUACAGUGCAUGGCUAUGCAUUGCAAAAACAAUGAGAUUUGUAAGGAAAAGGAUGGCAUCAAAGGCUGCUUUGCCUUCAAACCUGCCACUUGCAGUGUGUAUGGUGACCCACAUUAUAUCACAUUUGAUGGCACAGCCUAUGCCUUUCAAGGAGGUUGCAGUUAUACGCUGAGCACAACAUGUGGUGGACAAAGCUUAGUCAAGUUCAGUGUCAUUGGAUUUAACAUGCAUCCUGGCACUCAAGACUUCACCAGGUCCAAGCUUGAGGCUGUCUCUCUCCAGGUGGAAAAUCUGGACCUAACCCUGAAUCAGAGCGGAGAAGUCUAUGUGCAGAAAGGCCAUGUCACACUCCCCUAUUCAGCUACUGGUACAUACGGCUCCUUGUGGGUCUACAAAAAAGAAAAUUCCAUUAUUUUGGAGGCUACAUUUGGCUUGAAAAUGAUCAUUGAUGGGCACAGCAGACUGUUCCUGCAAGUGGAUGAGCGCUAUAAAUAUGAACUUUGUGGGCUGUGUGGCACCUACUCCGGAGCACAGUAUGAUGACUUUGCAAUGCCAGGGGGAAAACUUCGCUAUAAAUAUGAACUUUGUGGGCUGUGUGGCACCUACUCCGGAGCACAGUAUGAUGACUUUGCAAUGCCAGGGGGAAAACUUGCUGGUGACUCAUUCGAAUCUGCUGACAGCUGGAAAAAGGACAAUGAGUGUGUUUCCCAUCCAAACAAUCCCAGAGAGUGUGUUGGUGAGGAGUUGGAUAUGGCCAACAAGGAGUGUUCUGCAGUGUUUCAAGGCUCCUUUGAGGGCUGCCAUAGACAUAUUCACCCAAGCAUUUAUUUGGAAAGCUGCAUGUUUGACUACUGUGCCACCAGUGGUGACAGAAUAACAUUGUGCGAAUCACUAAAAUCUUAUGUGACUGCAUGCCAGAUUGCAGGAGUGGAACUUGACAAUUGGUGGAUCGGUACAGCUUGUGAAGGCCGCCUAACCACAGGAACUCCAACUGCUCUUCCUACCACUCCAUCUCAGCCGUUGUGUUCCCUCAACUGUAAUUUUGACAUAAAUAUUUGUGGAUGGGAACAACUUGUUCAGGAUAGUUUUGAUUGGACCAGACAUUCAGGGCCCACACCAUCAAAUCUAACUGGACCAGACCAUGAUCAUACAACUGGAGCUGGUUUCUACUUGUACCUUGAGGGAGAUGGUGUAACUCACGGAGACUCGGCUCGCUUGCUGAGUUCAGUGUGUAAUUAUGGUGGCCCACUCUGCCUGCAGUUCUGGUACCAUAUGUACGGUUCUGCCAAGAGAAUGGCUCUCAAUGUCUACCUACUCCAAAACUAUACAGCCACAUCUUUCGAAAACUACUGAAAGUGAACCUCCUUCCACAACGCUAGCAAUCCCAUUGCAUCCAAUUUGUAAUCUUGACUGUAGCUUUAAUUGGAACUUCUGCACCUGGAGUCAAAUGGUCACUGAUGCAUUUGACUGGGCAGUGAACAAUGGGUCAACCCCUAACCAGAUGACUGGACGUGCUGCUAAUCACACUGGAGGCAGUUAUCUUUACGUCAAGGCCAAUAGAGUAACUUAUGGUGACAAAGCUCGUCUCAUCAGCUCCCAGUGUUCUGAAAUUGGCCCUCAGUGUCUGCAGUUCUGGUAUCAUAUGCAUGGCUCAGCAGACACAGUGGGUCUCAAAAUUUACCUGGUCCAAAAUAAUUUGACUAUCAUCUGGCAAAAGAACAAUAACCAAGGGAAUAUGUGGCGCUUGGCUCAAGUGGACUUCAGUACAACUCAAGCUUUUAAGAUCAUCAUUGAGGGCCAAAGAACUGCAAAAAAUCUGACAAAUGUAGCUGUAGAUGAAGUUAAGCUUCAUCAUGGACACUGUUCAG